AUGUCCAAAGUCGACUACUUGUAUGACACCGCGCUUGGUUACAUCGAGUCAAAUGCCAAGAUAACUCGGAAGUGGAGGAACCCAGCCUAUAUCAUUAUAGAACAGCCUGGGAUAGGUAAGUCAUUAAUGUUCCUGGUUUACAUCCUCCUCCAGCGACUACAAGUAGCGAAGCCUGUUGCUCUUUACACUUGUGAUCCUUGGUACUUCUUAUUAGACGAAAAUGGUGUUACAAUCCAUACAGAGUAUGACUCUCGUUUCCCUGCUCCCGCUUUGAUGGGAAGCUCAAAAACUGUGAUCAUUCAUGCUACAUCACCAUGCAAGGACCACUGGCAUCAAUGGGCAAAGGAAUAUGGAGCUCGCAGAUUCGUGAUGGAUGGAUGGAAGACAAAGGAGCUUGCAGCACUCAGCAAAGGCAUGCUCUUUACGGACAAGAGGGUGUUGCAGAUAUCCUCCAGCAGGCAGCAAAAUAGGGCCCUGCACCCCGGGACCCUCUUAGGAUAA